AUGAACUCUCCAAUUACUGAUGAUGAUGGUCUUUCAGAACUUGAAAAUAAAAUGAAAGACAGAAUCUUUUAUAAACUAGUUGUUAGUGAGCUGACCAGGCUUGGAGGUCAAACUCUGUCAAGAAUCAUCAACAAGAUGUUGAAGAAAGUUUUUGACGAUACCAUAUUGAUUAAGUUUACCUAUUACGGUUUGAGAAACAAAGACAAUUUUCAUACGCUGUCCAUUAAUAAAGCUAUUUUUGAUGCUGUAAGAAAAUCUAAACAGAAAUCUGUUUCAGAUGAGGAAAUCAUCAUAUCGAUUGGGAAAUAUAUGACUGGAGCUAAAGGCAGAAUAGAACAACAAAACAACAAAAACAAAUAA